ACGUGGGAGGUGGUGAAGCUCGUCCAUGUGACAGACACACUCCAAAAUAGAAGCACUUCACAGGUCGAGCCAAACGGGUAGCAGGAGCCAUUACACCUGCCGGUCAGAGAUCUUUUAAAACAGGAAGCAGACUUUGAACAUACCAGAUCCUCCGAAAAUGGGUGAAGAUGCUACUCGAGCUGAUCAAAGCUCCUCCACCUUGCCCGCUCCAGCCGUGUCUGAUUCCCCCACCGCUCCAGUGGUGGACGCCCAGGAUCUCUUCGUCCCCAGUUCAGUUCCUACCUCCCCGACUCAGACCCUCACCCGUGCGGGUAGCAAAACUCCAAGCAGCCCAACAGGUGCCGGGAACCAGGUGAGCGCCAUCACGGUGGUGGCUCUGCUCGACCAGCUGGUGGUGAUGAUCGAGGCCGUGCAGGAGAACCAGCGGCGCAUGGAGAAACGCCAGGCUGACCUGGAGGGCACGGUGCGGUCCGUGCAAGCUGACUUGACCCGCCUGAGCAAGAGCCAUACAGUUACCUCUGGUGGUGUCAACAAGCUGCUCGAGCGCUCACGCAAGACAGGCAUCUAUGUGAAGGAAGUGCGCGAGCGUCUGGAUCGCCAGAGUGGCCAGGUGAAGCGUCUGGAGGCCAACCAUUCACACCUGCUCAAGAGGAACCACUUCAAAGUGCUCAUUUUCCAGGAGGACAAUGAGAUCCCGACCACCUUGUUCACUAAGGGGUCCACAGGAGAUAUUGCCUCAGCAUCUGUUCAGGAUGAGACUGCCUCUGCCCGUGCCUCUGUGAUCGAUCCCAACUACCACCAUGAAGAAGGAUUGCAGACCAUCAGCCUUUCCUCUGAUGAGGAGGAAGGAGCAGCGAGCUCCCCACUGGAGGGAGGCACAUUGCCCAGAGAGGUGCAUGAGGAUGAGUUCCCAGGCAUGGCAAGUGAACGUCUAGAGUGGUCUCGCACUGACAAGUUUAAGCGAUCCAGUCUGAAGAAGGUAGACAGCCUAAAGAAGGCCUUCUCACGCAGCAGCAUUGAGAAGAAGAUCAACAAGAUCGUUCCCCCAGAGAAGCGUGAAAAGAUCAUGAAGAGCUUCUCUCCAAGCCAUCCCAAAAGCCCAACCAGCAAGAGCUCGUCCUAUCGUGUAUCACCGAUGACCUUUAAUGUCAAGAAGGUGAGAGAUGGAGAAGCAGAGGGUACGCCAGCCGUGGGUGAGAAUGCCACAGUGGAGCUGCCACCCAUGGGCGGACCAGACGGUCAACUACCGCUGGCAGAGGUCCAUAACGAAGAGGAAAAGUUUAACGGUAAGGAGCACAGUCCGUCCCCUACGGGCAGCGCGGAUGGGGCCGCCUCGGCUACAGAAGAUGUAGAGCUUGAGAAUGGUCCCUCAAACAAGGUUAUAGAAGAAGAGGAGUCACAGGAGCCCAGUGAAGCUAAUAAUGGAGCUGACGCUCAUGAGAAUGGCGAUCAUAAUGUUGAAGAUGAAGUGGAGGACAAGUCCAUGUCGGCACCCGAAUCUCCCCCGUCAGCUGCAGUAGCUGUCGAGCAAGCGUCUUAGAUUUACUGGCAUUCCAUCUUUCGCAGAGAUCUUGGCACAGGAGCACACCAUCUGUUCAAAAUCAGUUGUGUUAUGUAAGUGCUCGUCUGAUAGAAAACAGGGCACGUGUUAAAAAAAAAAAAAAAAAAAAAAACAUUUCUUCUCGAACUGGGCUCUACAUGGUAAUGGGUGAUUAAACAAACUGAAUUAUUUCUUAUACAAAAUUAUAUUUUAAAAUUCCUAUAGCUUCUUGUAUAUAGUCUUGAACUUCUAUUGCAUGCAAUCCUAGGUAUACUGCACCUUCUGUAUUAUCCUUCCCAAUAUACUGUUCUACAAUAGAUAAUCAACUCAAGUGUAAUUCCAUAGAGGGAUUAAGAAAUAAAUAAAUAUAUAAGAAAUGCCCUUUUUCUGAAGAAAAAAAAAUAAACCUAUGAUGUGGAUGGUCUCCCUUCCCCAAACACUGUUUACUGCUUUAAGAGCUAAAUGCUUUUUCAGUAUAACUGAUAACACUGAAAAUGACUUUUAAUAAAGUGUUUAUCUGA